AUGGACAUGGGUAGAGGGACCUUCAAACCCAAGGUUCUCACAUCUGGUUUUCCCCCCACAAACCAGGAUUUCUCAUUCCCAAACCUUGGUCAGAUGGAGGAGGAGGCUGCAAGGAAGAGGAAGAGACCCCAGAACACCCAGGCAGCCCAGCGCGGCCCCCGGCUGCAGGACAACCCCGCUGCCAACGCCAUCCUGCCGGGGAUGCGCUGGGGGGAUCUCUUUCCCCUUCCCUCUGACAAGGAGCUAAAGACAGAGACCAUGGAGGACAAAUCCCCACAGCAGAACCUCGAGGAAGAGGCUGUUUGGAGUGGCUCCAUGGCGCAGGAAUCCAAUGGGGAAGAAAAGCCACGGAGAUCCUGCACCAGGACGGGCUGCAAACACAGAUCUCAGGGAUCCGAGGAGGAAAUACCCAGCCUGGGCCAGGGAGGUGGCCAGAAACCCAGCCAGAGCUCAGAGCUGGGGGUCCAUGAGCAGCUUCAUGAUGAUGGAGAGAAGCCCCACAAAUGCUUGGAGUGUGGGAAGAGCUUCAGGCGGAGCUACCACCUGAUCCGCCACCAGAUGAUCCACACAGGCGAGAGGCCCUAUGAGUGUGGGGAAUGUGGGAAGAGCUUCAGAGACAUCUCCAACCUGAUCCGCCACCACAUGGUCCACACCGGGGAAUGGCCCUAUGAGUGUGGGGAAUGUGGGAAGGGCUUCAGAGAUAGCUCCAACCUGAUCCGACACCAGGUGAUUCACACUAGGGAGCAACCCUACGAGUGUACACAAUGUGGGAAGGGCUUCAGCAAGAUCUGCACCCUGAUCACCCACCAGAAGAUCCACACUGGGGAGAGGCUCUACGAGUGUCCCGAGUGUGGGAAAAAGUUUCAGAUCAGCUCCAGUCUCAUCAAACAUCUGUGGAUUCACACAGAGGAGAGGCCCUUCCACUGCCUUGACUGCGGGAAAGGCUUCAAUCGACAAUCCAGCCUUUUCAAUCACCGGCGCAUCCACGCCGGGGAAAAGCCCUACAAUUGUGGGAAGUGUGGGAAGAGCUUCAGCACGAGCUACCACCUGCUCCGCCACCAGGUAUUCCACAAUGGGGAGCGGCCCUACAAGUGCAUGAAAUGUGGGAAGAGCUUCAGCAUGAGCUACCAUCUGAUCACCCACCAGAAGAUCCACACUGGGGAACGGCCCUACAAGUGUUCUGAGUGUGGAAAGAGGUUUCAGACCAGCUCCCAUCUCCUCAGACAUCAGCGGAUUCACACAGAGGAGAGGCCCUUCCGCUGCUCUGACUGUGGGAAGGGCUUCAAGUUCAGUGGCCACCUCACUGUCCACCGGCGCAUCCACACUGGGGAGAUGCCCUUCGAGUGUCGCCAGUGUGGGAAGGGGUUCAAAUACAGCACUGCCUUGACCAGACACCAACAGAGCCACCACCGGAGGGGGGAGGAGGAGGAGGAGAGGAAGAGGCGGAGUGGCAGGAAGGGGAGGAGAGAAGCAACCGCGCGGCUCCAACGCUCCCUGAACUCGCAGCCCCCCCCCCGGGACCAUCGCCCCCCAUCCCGCAGGGCUCCAGAGCCGCAGGUGCCCCUCGGGGGGACAUCGAUCGGGGGGUCCCCGGGAGGUGUUUUUGGGGGUCCCGGUGGCUGGCGGCAGGGCCCGGGCGGGGGGAUGCGGGUCCCCCCGCGGUGGGGAUUGGGCUUCCCGGGCCGGGCCCUGCGAGCUCUGCCGGGGCCACGUGGGGACCGCGCGGGACCGGCGGGAUCGGCGGGGGACAGCGGUUUUGGGGAGCCCCGGGAGAGCCCAGAAGGCCUGAUACCAGUUGCUGAUAGCCACAUCCUCAAUGCAGUCCCAGUUGCUGUCAGUGUGAUCCAGUAUAAUGCCAGUCUCUCCCAGCAUGAGCGCAGUUUAUCCCAGUGCUCCUACUCAUUCCCAGCCGAGUUCCCCCCGCCCCCAGCGGGUGGGAGCAGCCGAGGGCCCCGCGCUGCCCAUCCCGACCUGUCCCGGCUCCAUCCCCGCUCCUGCCGCGGGCUGAGAGGGAUUCGGGAACGGGGCAGGAGGAGGAGGGAGGGAGAAGGGGGAUGUGGGAUCUGGGAGGGGCAGCAGGAGGAGGAGAUGGAGGGGGAGGAGGAGGAUGGGGAGACUGAAGAGGGGGGAGCUUUUCAGAUUCCUGGCACCCCUGGUAUCCUGGACAGGGAGGAAUUACAGAACUCCAGAAUGGGCAUUGGCACAGGCAUGGGGACCUUCAAACCCAAGGUUCUCACAUCUGGUUUUCCCCCCACAAACCAGGAUUUCUCAUUCCCAAACCUUGGUCAGAUGGAGGAGGAGGCUGCAAGGAAGAGGAAGAGACCCCAGAACACCCAGGCAGACAAGGAGCUGAAGACAGAGACCAUGGAGGACAAAUCCCCGCAGCAGAACCUCGAGGAAGAGGCUGUUUGGAGUGGCUCCAUGGCGCAGGAAUCCAAUGGGGAAGAAAAGCCACGGAGAUCCUGCACCAGGACGGGCUCCAAACCCAACCCAGAGUGCUCCAAAGAGGAAAGACCCAGCUGGGAAGGUGGACAGAGCUUCAGCCAGAGCUCAGAGCUUGCAGUCCAUGAGCUGCUUCAUGAUGAGGAGAAGCCCCACAAGUGUUUGGAGUGUGGGAAGAGCUUCAGCUGGAGGUCCCGCCUGAUCCGCCACCGCAUGAUCCACACUGGGGAGAAGCCCUAUGAGUGUCCUGAGUGUGGGAAGGGCUUCAGAGACAGCCCUGGACUGAUCAUCCACCAUCGCAUCCACACUGGGGAACGACCCUACGAGUGUGGGGAAUGUGGCCUGAGCUUCAGCCGGAGCUCUCACCUGACAUCCCACCAGAAGAUCCACACUGGGGAACGGCCCUAUGAGUGUCCCGAGUGUGGGAAGAGUUUUCAGACCAGCUCCCUUCUCCUCAUACAUCAGCGGAUUCACACAGAUGAGAGGCCCUUCCGCUGCUCUGACUGCAGGAAGGGCUUCAGGUACAGCUCCCACCUCAUCAGACACCAACGCAUCCACACCGGGGAGAAGCCCUACGAGUGUCCUGAGUGUGGGAAGAGCUUCAGGACUAGCUCAGUCUUGAAUCAACACCAAUGGAGACACCGCACCAAGCUGGGCUUGGGGCUGCAGGAGGAAGAGGCUGAGGGGAAGCAGAUCCUGCAGGUGCCAAAAAGAGAUCUCAAAAGACUCCAGGAGAAUACUGGAGGAAUGGCAGUGAAUCCAGGAGGAUACAGUUUGCUGCAAGAGGGUAAAAAUCAUUGGAGGCAGCUCAUGGGCAGGGAAAUCUUCAACCAGAGCAAGCUGCUCAAAGUCCCGUCCAGCGUGGCUCUGGAUGUUUGCAAGGAUGCGGCAUCCAACACCUCCCUGGGCAGCCUGUUCCUUGCUGUCACCUCUUUCUGUGUGAAAAAUCUCUUCCUCGUGGUGGGAUCUCUUGGAUGA